AUGUUUGAGCCUGCGAUCGAUCAAUCCAGCUUUAAGAUGCAAAUGGUGGAGCUGGACAAGGCCGUUGCAAAGUACAGGACAGGAAAGAAAGGACAAGAACAGGAAAUCGGAGCUUUACCACAAGCAUGUCAUGGUCCUUUCUCAUGUACCACGAAACCGAUAUGUCCAGACUCUGAUAUACCAGGACUAGUUGGACAGAGAAAACUAAAUUUGAGCGAAACAACAACAGACCACGCAGAGGAACACAUUUUCGGACCCUCUGCGGGAAAAGUUCGGACCGCUGUGAAAAGAGCCAAUGAGAUUCUUCUUAAGAAACUCGUCGAUCCCAAGACUGGAAAUAUUAAUCACGUUGAUUGGCUCUUCGAUCAAGUCCUUGACCCUGAAGCAAUGAAUAUAAGCAAUUAUUGGUAUCUUCCGGGUGGACAUUGGAAACCAACAAAUUGUUUACCGAGAUGGAAGGUUGCUAUUUUAAUACCAUUUCGAGAUCGCUUCCAUCAUCUUCCAAUUGUUCUGCAAAACCUGAUACCGAUGCUUCAGAAGCAGCUACUCGAAUUCAGCUUCUUUGUUGUUGAGCAGGCUAAUCAAGAACUCUUCAACCGUGCGAUGCUCAUGAACGUCGGGUUCCUCGAAUCACUUAACUUCACCGACUACGAUUGCUUCAUCAUCCAUGACGUCGACCAUGUACCCGUCGAUGACCGUAAUUAUUACGGCUGUUCCAGUAUGCCCAGGCAUUUUGUCUCCAGUUCUGAUACCGAUAGAUGGAAUAACACGCCCCCGUAUGAUGCUUUCUUCGGAGCUGUCACUGGUCUCACUAAAGCCAACAUCCGAAGCAUCAACGGCUUCCCUAACGUUUACUGGGGUUGGGGUGGUGAGGAUGAUGAAAUAUUAUACAGGGUCAUCGACGCUCGCCUCAAAAUCACCCGCGAUAAAGGACCCAUCACCCAUUAUAACGUCAUUAAACAUCAUCACAUAAGUGCACAGAAGUCAAAGGACAGGGGAGCUCUUUUGAGCACAUACAAACGUCGAACCGGAAUGGAUGGAUUGUCGGACAUCGUUUAUCCGACACCCGUGUACGACCUCCAUACUCUCUACACCAACGUCAGCGUCGACAUCAAGAGGGUGAAGGUGAAGUGCGGAGGUGUCUUUAAGAUUCAUUCUCUUGACUCUCAAUCCAAGGCUUGA